UAAAAUUAAGGACCCGUAAAGAUCAUUGGGGCAUCAGUGAAAUUAUAAAAAAAAUGUAUUUUUAUUCAAUUGUUUAAUAUAUGGAUAAUAUUUGAUUACCGAAAUUCAUCCGAAACUAAAAAGGAAAUCUGACUGACCUCCCUUUUCGCUGCUUAUUUGUGGAUUAUUUGUGGCCUAUUUUGUCAUCAUAUUAUAUAUUCAAGAAACAUGGGAUGCGAUGGAGGAACCAUUCCUAGAAGAGACGAGCUUGUUAGAGUAAAGAAAAAACCGGAACAGAAAAAUAAAGUAGCAGAUUUAGCUGCGAAAUGGAAACUAUGUGCUAUAACACAGGAACCCCUUAGAACACCAAUUAUGGGAUGUGAACUUGGAAGGCUUUAUAAUAAAGAGUCCAUCCUAGAGUUUCUGAUUGACAAGAGCAAGUUCGAAAAUGCAUCUGGUUUUGCCCAUAUUAGAGGACUAAAGGAUGUUAAAGAAUUGAAACUCACAGACAAUCCAGCCUACCAAAAAGAAACAGCAAAGAAAGGUGAUUCAUAUAUAGACACACAAACCUCACCUUAUAUAUGUCCAGUAGUUGGACUGGAGAUGAACGGAACAUAUAAAUUUUGUUUUGUAUGGAGUUGCGGAUGUGUAAUGUCUGAACGAGCUCUAAAAGAAAUCAAAUCUGAAAUAUGUCACAAGUGCGGUAAACCCUAUUCUACAGAUGAUAUGGUUGUUCUAAAUGGUACAGAAACAGAUGUUGAUGAGUUAAGGUCAAACAUGGAGAAAAGACGAGAACAAGCCAAGCUUGCUAAGAAAUCAAAGAAAGCACAGAAACACAAAGUUACUGAUGAAACACAAGCAACAGAAAUAAAUGGUGAAUCUUCAAGUAAACAACCCAAAGUGGAGACAGCAUCUUCAAGUGCAUCAUCCAGUGGAAUACCAAGUACAAAUGGAAAAUUGAACAAUGGAAUUUCAGAUAAGAAAAUUAGAUUGCCCAAUAAAACGUCAGAUUCCAAAUUGAAGAUGACCAAUGGAAAACAAGGAGACAAAGCUGAAAGUAUUCAGAAAGACACCACUACAACAGAUGUAUACAAAUCUCUAUUUACAACAUCAAAAAAGGCAAAGAAUCAACAGUCUGCUCACUGGGUUACAUUUAACCCGUUUUAUAAUUAAAGGCCAAUUGUUUGUUCUUUAUGAUGAAAGUCCUGUGUGGUUAUGGUAUGAUAUGGUUAGGGAGUAUAACUAUGAUUUUCAAUGAUGCUUACAUUUAUUGUAAUGCUUUUGU